CACACAAACCCCUUCACUAUAAAUGCUGAAGUAGGUGACAUGUUGGGGUUUUUCACAGCAGACGCGUUAGGAGCAGACAUGAGGGAACUGAGAACCUGGGUGUUCUGGCGAGCCGUGGCUGCAGAGUUUCUCGGUAUGUUGCUGUUCCUAUUUGUCGGAUUGUCUGCCAUCAUCGGGAAGAGCGAGGGCGGCGUUAAGACAGAAACGCUCGCUCAGGAGCUGAAGGUCUCUCUGGCCUUCGCGCUGGCCAUCGCCACCCUGGUUCAGAGUCUGGGACACGUCAGUGGAGCUCACCUGAACCCUGCGGUCACACUGGGCCUGCUGGUCAGCUGCCAGAUCAGCAUCCUCAGGUGUGUCUUCUACGUCCUGGCACAGAUGCUCGGGGCAGUUACAGCGAGCGCUAUAGUGAAUGGAUACAGACAUAAAGAUUCUCUUGGGGUUAACAAGCUAAACAAUGUGACUAAAGGACAAGGCUUUGCCAUCGAGUUCCUGGCCACCCUUCAGCUGGUGCUGUGUGUGAUCGCUGUGACUGAUAAGCGACAAGCGAGUCAUGUGAAGGGCUUCGCACCGCUGGCCAUCGGGCUGUCCGUGGGGCUCGGCCACUUUGCAGCUAUAAGUUUCACUGGAUGUGGCAUCAACCCUGCUCGCUCCUUUGGCCCGGCUGUGAUCCUAGGUGAAAUGAAGAACCACUGGAUUUACUGGCUGGGCCCGAUGUGCGGAGGAAUGGCAGCGUCUCUUAUCUACGAUUUCCUCCUGUACCCACGGACGCCUAACUUGAGGACUCGCAGUAACGUCUUCCUUCAUGGUCCGCAAGAGGAAACCCGUGCAGCUGAAGUAACUGGGGAGGACGACGGCAGCCCGGGGUCGAGUCAGUGGCCGAAACAAUGAAGAGCAUGAAACAUUAUUCCUUUUCUGGCUGUCGGCACAUUAAUAAACAACUACGCUGCUUUUAACGUUAAGGCUGGUUUCCUUUUUAACUGUGCAGUGUGUAUUUUCUGAUCAGUGCAUUUCAUAUAAUAA